GUUCUUGUUAUCUGUAGGGCGCAACCGCGCGUAACUGCAUAAAGAUUGCCCCGCAGGAACACCGCCAGUAAUGGCCAAGUACAAACGCGCGUUCUUCGCAAAAGAGCGCUCCCGGCUCCCGCAUGAAGACUGUAUUGUUGCCUAGCUCCAAGUACCCACUCCGCAGACGUUACAAAGCUCAAUUCAUUCACCACUUCUACAUCGAGUUCUUGAAACUACUCACUGUCUAUCAUAAGUCCUACUCCGUGGUAGAUCAGAGCUCAAGAGGUUCAAUACACUGUUAUAUCUACGAGAAGGAAUCUGGGACAAGAUAAAGCGAGAUGGCGCCUCUCGACGACACCACGCCAGACAACCGGUUCGACAGUUUCAACGUUUUCAGGACGUCGUACAAGCAAGUUGACUACCAUGAUAUCGAGGUUGGCAUCCUUGUGCCUAAAGACAUAAAGCCAGGAAAAUGUCCAGUCAUGGUCAAAUUUCACGGUGGUGGUCUGAUCUCGGGAGACUGCCUCUACGCGGACUGGAUAGGCGCAUUCUUCAUUCCCUGGGUUCACCGCACCAACGCCAUCGUCGUGCUGCCCAAUUACCGUCUCAUCCCCGAACACAGCGGCGCCGAUAUCCUCGAAGACCUAAGCGACUUCUGGAAAUGGUUCAACGCAGGCGCCGUCGAUAAAUUCCUCAACUCCCAGCCGACAAUCAAGGACAGCGGCAUUAGUCUAGAUUACGGGCAGACUCUGGUAACAGGCGAUUCGGCAGGCGGCUACAUGGCCUUGAUGUCUGCACUCACACAACCUCGCGACAGCUUCAAGGCUGUUUUCGCGCAGUAUCCCAUGACGAACUAUCUGCGUUGCGAAAAGGUAGAUAUGUUCUUUGGUUACCCUGCUCCGCCUGAAUCUAUCAUCGCCCAGCAUCUCGCGGCCGUCAAGCCAGGUGCUAUCGUAACUUCGGGAACCCAGCCGGAGAGAAUGGGAUUGAGCUAUGCUUUGGCAGCGUACGGGCAUUAUCUCACAUACUUCGGGUCUGACGAGAAGAUGUGGCCGAUUGCGCUUGUGGAGGAGAAGAAGUGGCUGCCGCCGACGUGGAUUGUGCAUGGUGAUGCGGAUUCGGCGGUUAGUGUGGAGGAUAGUAAGAAGUUUGUAGAGAAAUGUAAGGGUUUAGAGGAGGGUGUGGAGGUUAGGCUGGAGGUUCGGUCUGGGCAGGAACAUGGCUUUGAUAUCGCAGCCAAGGAGGAUGAGGAGGCGUGGCUCAAAGAGGGCUUGGCGUGGGUGGAUGAGAAGUGGUUGCGCUCAUGAUGUUGGUAUUCGUGCCUACCUUGGUAUGAUCGGCUCAUUUCUCAAUUCCUGGCACAUGAACCUAACCUUUGUAGUUAUUGAAAAACAAAUAUAGCACAGGAAAUGAUUGAUGCAGCAUGUUCUACACGAACUAAGCUAUGCGGUGAUGGACUUUCGCGGAUGCGCUGCACGAAUAAUGUGCACUACCCAGCUACAGAGUACAGC